AUGUCAGGAUUUGUGAACAUUCGGCGCAGAAUUUCGUCCUUCUAUAAGACAAUACAUCCAGACACUACGACGAACUUUCCUGAAACUGCCAGAAAUAUCAAUUCUAAAUCAUUGUGCGAACUCAAUUCCUACAUCGACAUAUUUAGACAUGGAUUUAGAUGUGGAUUUGUAUCUAAAAAGCUUAACUUCUUCAAGCCAUACGUAACAGCCACCGGUAAGACACUCGGAAAUCGCAUACAACCCAUCGCAAUAACACUACCAAGUAUACCCCCCGAGCCAACUGAUUUUGAUCUAGUAAGGGCGGCAGAAAGAUUAGUUAAUAAUAUAAAUACGGCGCUAAAUGAGAGAUCAGGUCCUUUUAAACCUUUGUGUCAAUCGAUUGAAUUGCCGGAAUCACAAAAUGAUGGUAAACAUACAAUGUCAAAGUUACUGGAAAAUGAAAUGAUUAAUGAAGCAAUGUUAGCAACUAAUUUUUUAGAUAACAAGUUACUUUAUGAAAUCAAUUUUUUUUUCAAUGGAAUUAAGCAACAACAUUUCAAAAAUGAUAGUAAACGUAGUUUAAUGUUUAAGCGUGCAAAACUUGAGAUAAAAAAGCGGGUUUCUCAAUUAAUAGAAAAUGAAUAUGAUUUUUUGAGUGCUGGAAUGAAUCUAAAUUGCCUGUUUCUAAAAAAUAAGUUGACGGAAACUGAAAAGGAGAUUGCCAUGGAGAACAUUUCAGGCAAAAAUCUGGAUGAUUGCGACUUGUGGUUACUAAAGAACGUGUGGCAUGCUUUACAUAAUUUGAAUCCUAAAAUACCCGUUUUGAUUGAUAUAACUGAUUCUAGCUAUACUUAUAGUAGCAAGUAUGGAUAUAUACAGAUACCGUGUAAUUUCAAAUUGAUGACACUGAUCGAAUUCCUAGAACUGAAUUUGGAUGAAAUCGCAUUUAUUAGAAAUAAUUUGAAAUUUUAA